GGUGAGAGGAAGAGAUAGAGAAGAAAGAAAAGGAAAAGAAAAAGAAAAAAAAAAGAAAAGAGAAACCGAGUAGAAUAAUUGAUGAAAAUUUUCUCUACAUAUAUAAAACACAUAACCACACCAUCUAAUCCAUUUCUUCUUCUGCUUCGGUAACUGCAAAGGGAAAUUCGGUUAGAGACCAAAGAAAAUAAACAAACAGAACGACGAAUCGGCGGUACUUCACCGGCGAUCGCCCGUCGAACUUCAGAUCGCUUCUCUUGCUUCUCCGAAUUGGCUAUUUUUGGAAGCAUUUUGUUGUUGUAUUCUUACUGUCCACUGUGUUUUAUUGCUCAUUUCUGGAAAAAUAUUAUAUAUGGGCUUUUCAUGGGAGGCGUGGAAGAUGAAGAACCAGCUUUAAAACGAAUGAGAUUGUCAUCUUACAACGGUUCAUCUUCUGUGGAGUGCACUGUAGGCUCUUCAAGUGGCUUGAUGGCUCGACCCCUAUCAGCUGAAGGGGAGGACGAAGUUAUUGGUUCGACAGGGAUCAUAAAAAGAAGGGAGUUUGUAAGGAUAAUCACAAAGGCGUUGUAUUCUCUUGGUUACAAAAAGAGCGGGGAACACUUAGAGGAAGAGUCGGGCAUACCUUUGCAGUCGUCUGUGGUAAAUGUGUUUAUGCAGAAGAUACUUGACGGCGAUUGGGACGAAAGCUUAGCCACAUUGAAUAAAAUUGGUCUACACGAUGAAGGUAUUGUCAGGGCCGCCUCAUUUUUAAUAUUGGAGCAGAAAUUUUUUGAGCUUCUUGAUGGGGAUAAGGUCAUGGAUGCAUUGAAGACAUUGAGGACUGAGAUUACACAACAUUGUGUUGAUAGUACUAGAAUUCGUGAACUUACUUCUUGCAUAGUAUCUCCUAGUGGUCUAAAUGGCUUAUCAAGACGAGAGUUAGUAAGGGUGAGGACUCGGUUGAAACUGCUGGAGGAACUACAAAAAUUGAUUCCGCCGAAUGUAAUGGUACCUGAAAAGAGAUUGGAACGCCUAGUUGAAAUAGCCCUCAUCUUUCAACGAGAGGCUUGCAUGUUUCACAACUCUUUGGAUAAGGAGAUAUCAGUAUAUUCUGAUCAUCACUGUGGAAAAACUCAGAUACCUUCUAGAACGUUACAGAUAUUAGAAGCACAUGAUGAUGAAGUAUGGUUUGUACAAUUUUCACAUGAUGGGAAAUAUUUAGCCUCAGCAUCAAAUGAUCGAACAGCAAUCAUUUGGGAGGUUGACACAAAUGGUGGACUGUCUAUCAAGCAUAAACUAUGUGGGCACCAGAAACCUGUUUCAUCUGCUUCCUGGAGUCCUAAUGGCCAAGAGCUCCUCACAUGUGGAGUGGAGGAAGCGGUUAGGCGUUGGGAUGUCUCUACGGGUAAAUGCCUGCAAGUUUAUGAAAAGAAUGGUCCUGGCCUGAUCUCCUGUGCAUGGCUGCCUUGUGGAAAUUAUAUACUUUCUGGCCUCAAUGACAAGAGCAUUUGCAUGUGGGAAUUAGAUGGAAAAGAAGUGGAGUCUUGGAAAGAGGAAAAAACCCUCAAGAUUUCUGAUUUGGAAAUAACAGGCGACGGAGAACAUAUUAUCAGUAUUUGUAAAGAAAAUGUAAUACUGCUCUUCAACAAAGAAACGAACGAUGAGAGAUUUAUUGAAGAGGAUGAGAUUAUAACUUCCUUCUGUUUGUCAAAGGAUAGCAGAUUCUUGUUGAUUAAUCUUUUGAACCAAGAAAUACAUCUUUGGAAUAUAGGUGAUCUUCAGCUUGUUCGCAAGUAUAAAAGUCAUAAACGUGCCCGGUUUGUUAUAAGAUCUUGCUUUGGUGGGUUUAGGCAAUCUUUUAUUGCUAGUGGAAGUGAGGAUUCACAGGUUUACAUAUGGCACAGAAACUCAGAGGACCUAGUAGAUGUAUUGCCUGGUCAUUCUGGAGCUGUUAACUGUGUGAGCUGGAAUCCAGCUAAUCCCCACAUGUUGGCCUCAGCCAGUGAUGACCGCACAAUUCGGAUAUGGGGCUUAAAGUGUCUGAAUGUCAAGUACCCAAACGCAUACAGCAAUGGCAACCAUCACUCCAAUGGUGGGGAACUUAGAUGAAGGCCAACUUUUUCAAUUGCAUUUUCUUUUUUUAUCAUUGCAAUUGUGUAAAUAAAAUACCUUUACUAUGCUUACAAGUAGAAAUUCAUACCAAACCCCCAUCUGACUUUUCAGCAAUCUCAAAAUAAACUUCAUGUUUCAUUUUA